GGAAGGGGGGGUCCAGGCGAACAGUAGCUCCUCCGUACAACCGCAGAGGAGGAGGAGAAAGAGGAGGACGACACCGAGCUGCUGUCGCCUUUACAACACACUUACACAAUCACACUCCCCCGUUGGGUGUGUAUACUGCAUGUAGGCGCUAGAGAAAGAGCCGUGUUUUCUUUCAUCGUCGUUACAUUGAAGAGGACCUGAGAGAAGAGAAAGGCGAACGUGUGUACUGGAGCUUUGUCAGGAGUGUCCUAGCGCGUCGGAAAGCUGCUUCGUUAAGGCGGUGUAAAGCCCGUUCAGGCGCAGCCAGAGCGCUGAGCAUUCGUGUCACUCUUGUGCAUCCUGUUCGAGGGUGUUUCUUGAACGCGGUGCCUCUCCAUUGCACGGAGAAACUGGUCUGAUCUUUUUUUUUGUUUGGAGCGAUGCUCGAGCAUGGCAUGCCUCGGCUUUAUUAUAUGCAGUGAGUGAAAAUCGGCCGCCUUUCCGACACGACCUGCACGACUGCAGAGGACAAGACAGGGAGGGAGCAACCGGCCCUCAGCACCAUUCUGUAAGCUCGGUGCUCGCGGAUUUCUUUCAGUCUUAGUUCGCGGUCUUGGGACUUGAUUCUUCGGCAAACAAAUCCCCUUCAUAAUGGCUGCGUUUUCAUGACCUGAUUGCAACAGGGAGUGUGAGCAGCAUUGUUAUUUUUUUGUUGCGCGGUACCUGAGUUACAAUGUAAACGCGCGCGGUCUUUCCUUCUCGCUGCCCGGUAUUGCUGUAUUGGUUAUCAGUCAGGAUCGACACAGGGCUCUUCUACGUGCCACCCUUCAUCAAAAUGCCGGCCGGAAUGAAGCCUCUAGAGAAGUUCCUCAAGAAGCAGACGAACGCGCUGACUCGGGCCGGUGGUUUUGGAGGAGAGAAGGCAACUGCGGGCACGAGCGCGGCUCGACGGCGCGCCAGCCUCUCGCGCGUCGUGCCCUUUUUCCGCGAGAGCUCGCCUGAGGGCGGCCCGGCGCGCGGCGACGUUUUCAGCCCUGAGACAGAGGAGGCACCGUGCUGGCCGUCGGCCGCCGCAACCGACAUCCGCAGCCCGUCUCUGUCCAGUGACGAGCAGAGCUCCGAGGCGAGUCUGGACACGGGCUGGACCCCGCUCCCCGCCGACACACCGGAGAACCUGGCGCUCGCGCUGCUGGACAGCGUGGCGGGCAAGCGCUUCGGCAACUGCACAGAAAUACUCCUGGACGACUUCAUGUUGACACACCCAAUCUUCCUGGCGUCCGACAAGUUUCAGCAGGUCCUGCUUCAGCAGUUUGGAGCUGAACCUAAGCAGGGUGAGGGCUGGCCCACCUGGGAUGGAGCAGAGAGGAAGCAGGCCGUACUGAGUGUGGCCUUCCGCUACCUGGACACAUACAGAGAACUGCUACAGGAGGAGGGGGACAGGUCCAACAGCUUCCCUAAGGACCUGUACCUUUGUGCCGUGCAAGAGCUCAGCCACUUCCCUGAAUUGGUGGAGGACGUUCUAAAGCUCCAGCGCUGGACUGAAAUCCUCCACAACCCGGCAGAGGAGGAGAAGGAGAGUCGGAAGAAGCAGGUGCGUCCACUCUUUCGCCAUUUCAGACGCAUUGAUGCCUGCCUACAACCGCGUGAGGCUUUUCGUGGCUCAGACGAAAUUUUUUGUAGGGUUUACACACCCGACCACUCGUACGUGACCAUCCGCAGCCGUCUUUCCUGCCGCGUUGGAGAGAUUUUGGCUCUGGUGCGAGAAAAGCUCCAGUACAGCGAGGAGCAGCCGACCCAGCCAGGCAACCUUAUACUGGUGGCUGUCACCUCAUCUGGAGAGAAGGCCGUGUUCCGUCCCAGUGACGAGGCUGUUUUCACCACUCUGGGCGUCAACACGCACUUGUUUGCUUGCGAACCCUCUGAGCUCGAGAGCCUGAUGCCACUGCCUGAGGAGAUCCACUGGUCCCCUGGUGACAGCAAACUCCAUGACAUGAGUGCAGAGGAAGUGGCCAACCAGCUGGUGGUUUUUGACUGGGAGCUCUUCAGUUGUGUGCAUGAGGUGGAGUUUGUGAGUUAUGUGUUCCAUGGAGAGGAGGCUCGAUGGCGCCCUCUCAACCUUGAGCUGGUACUGCAGCGGUGCAGCGAGGUGCAGCACUGGGUCGCUACUGAGAUUCUGCAGUGCCAAUCACUGCCUAAGAGGGUGCAGCUGUUGCGCAAGUUCAUCAAGAUCGCAGCUCUAUGUAAGCAGCAGCAGGACCUGCUGUCAUUCCUCGCUGUAGUUUUGGGCCUGGACAACCCUGCAGUUAGCCGCCUACGCCUUACCUGGGAGGGCUUGCCCGGAAAGUUCAGAAAGCAGUUCCAGCAAUUUGAGAGUACUGCGGAUCCCUCCAGGAACCACAAGUCAUACAGGGAUCUGUUAGCCAGUCUGAGGGCUCCACUCAUCCCCUUCACCCCUCUACUGCUUAAAGAUCUGACUUUUCUUCAUGAGAGCUGUAAGACCUUCCAUGGGGAAUUGGUUAAUUUUGAGAAGAUGCACAAAGUUGCAGAAAUGGUUAGGAGCAUCAGGCGGUACAGAAGUACUCAGCUAGUGAUGGACGCUGAGCCGUCUCCCUCCCACCUCCAGACAAAGGCGUAUGUGCGCCAGCUGCAGGUCAUCGACAAUCAGAACCUGCUUUUCGAAAUGUCCUGUAAGCUUGAGCCCAAAGAUAUGUAACAGGGCUAAUCAUCUGCCAUCCUGCCCUUCAGACCCCGUCCCUGCUCAUAACAAAACCUUUCUGCUUCUCCAUCACAGCUGGACUGCUGGAAGAGUAGUGAAAUCUGUCAGGACAUACAGCAGGACCUCCUGCUUCUCGAGUCCGGACCUUGGGACACAGUUAACUGUGAUACAGCACGCUUCUUCACACAUAAUAUAUCUACAACAUCUCAGUGUUUUUUCCCACUCGGUAAAGACCUUUUUUCUUCAGUUUUCUUGAGAUUUAUCCUAUAUAUUACAUAGAUAUUUCUUUGUUUUUCACUCCGUUGUGGCGAGAUCUGUCCAGUUUGCACUGCCAUCAGUGGAACUAAAGAGAAUGUUAUGGGAUCACACUACAUUUCCUCUGGAUGCGUACAGACUUCACCUCUUUUACCUCACACGAUAAAAAACCCCAACACAAACAUGAGACAAUCUGACCUCGUGGACUUUGUGUCUUCUUUCCCUCCCACGCAAGCCAACAAAGGCACUUGGCACUUACUGUAGCCCCACAGCUCUGAGCUCUGUUUUAAACGCACACACACACGCACACGCACCCACACACGCACGCACACGCACACACACUUCCGUCCAUGAAUCACCAAUCCAAAAGCAGCUUCUUCAUACAGCUAAGGCCUCAGCAUAUGUAAUGCAGAGACGACGUCUGUGAGGGUGAAUGAAGUUAAAGCCCUGCUACAAAGAUUUCUUAUAGGUUGUUGUCUGAAAGCUCCAGAUGAAGGCUUUGAUGUUGCACCUCUACACAACAUCCAUUUGCUCUGCGAUGAGGUCAUAUUGUCCAAGGAAGAUGUCCAAACAUCGUCUCUGUAUGAAGUAUGCUGAGACCUUUAUCCACCUUAAGUAUUUAUUACAAAAUAUACAUGCUCUUAUUUAAUCUACUGCAUAUGAGAGGCUUUCACCAUUUCAUUUUAAAUGCAAGUUUUCAAUAUACCUAUAUUUAUUUAUCGAUUCUCUUACAGUUCAGCAUCACAUUUACUUUUCCUUCAUUUCUAACACAGGCAGUAAUCUACAGCUUGACGUUCUUCUAAUGUAUUAAGCUUUGUUUGGACUUUACACAUCCUGUAUGCGCUAUUAAACGCCAUGGGCAUUAAUCUGCUCUCAAACACAGUUCAUCAUCUCUUGCCAAACCCUAAACGGAGCCAUCAUAAGCUAUAAAGCAAACGUGCUUUUAGACGGGCCGCAGGGAAAACGUCUAACCGCUGCUGGCUGCUUUUACUCGUCUCUGAUGCGACUCUCUCAGGAUUUCCCUCCUGCUGAGAACCUUUUGCCUGUCUGAAAAGCCUCCAUGUACAUACGUUCAUGUAAAUAGCUAAAUAAAUAUGAAGACUCUAUUUUAUGUAUGAGAAAUAAGAUGGAUGUUCCAAUGAGAAUAUUUGUUUUGUAUCUGAGGGGGUUAAAAAAAAAAUACGUGUACAUUUUAAAAACAGAUCGAGAGUCUAAUGUUCAUGACGAAUUGCAGUUUUUAUUUGGUUCCUAGUUGUAGUAGAUGAUGUGUACAUAUAUUCUAAUUAUGUUGACUAUCUUCGGAUGUAUUUUCCUUUGUUUAAUUGUUUUCUAUUUUGCGAUUUACUGGAAUUGUACAGCACGUGUUCGCUUUAGUUGGAUUUCGUUGUUUUCUUGAUUUUUUUUUCUUCUUCUUCUUUUUUUUUUUUAAAAAGCGGGUAACUUACGAUCUUUGGGUGUUGUUUUUAUUUUGGUUUUUGUACAGAAGUCCGUGUUUACAGUGCCCUCCUCUGAAACUCAGACGUAUCCAAUGAGGCGAGAGAUAGGCGGGUCAGGAGAAGGCGCUGCUCCGCCUCCAUCUCCCCACCCCCUCAAAAAAUCCUGAUAAAUCUUAAAUAAAGCCUCUUCUGAUGA